CUUUGCCGUGUACGUAGGUUUGACUUGAAGUCAAGCAAGCAAUUAGCAUCAAUACACAGAGAGAGAGAGAGAGAGAAGAUGAAGAUGAGGACUUGAAGUCAAGCGAGCAAUUAGCAUCAAUAUAGAAAGACAGGAUGAGGAUGAGGACGAGGCAUUGAAUUUGGAACUCCACAAAGGAAAUUAAAAUUGGAAAUGGCCAUGAUGUUCUUCUUCUUCCUCUUGUUCUCUGUUUUUCUCUUCUUGUUCCAACUCCAAGCAGUAGUAUUGGCCGCAGGAUUUCUUGGAGUUGGAGGAGCACCACAACCACGACCACGAGAUUCAGAUGAAUGCGCGGUGACAAGGUGUGGGGAUGACGGCCCAGACAUCCGGUUCCCAUUCUGGCUAAAGGACCAUCAGCCAAAUCACUGUGGGUAUCCUGGAUUUCAACUAUCCUGCUCCCCAACCAAAGAUACCCUGCUUGACCUCCCAUUUUUUGGGACUGCCAAGGUAUUCGUCAUGCGAAUCGAUUACAUAGACCAGUCGUUAUAUAUACAUGACCCCAGUGAUUGCUUUCUCGAACAACUUCUCCUAAAUCUAAACCACAAUUUAUCGGCCACUCCCUUCAAAUUUUCUCCACUUUACCUACCCUUUCCCGUCAAAUUUUCACCACUUUACCAACCCUCUCUCUUCGAAUUUUUACCACAUUACCGACGUAAGUUUAGCCUUUUCAGUUGUCCCUUCUCAACAAAGCAAACCUACCCUUUGGAUUGGUAUAACAAAGAAAAUGCAUAUUUCAGUAAUUCAAUGUAUCCAAUCACAAAUAAUUGCCAUAACAGCAGCCAAGGUCACGUCGUCUAUGCGGUACCUGAUGAUUUUUUAAUCCAGCAGUUCCUAUUAUCUUGCAGAAAGUUAUAUACCAUAACAUCAAUAGAUCCCCCUCUAUAUACUAAUGAACUUCGAUUGAGUUGGUCCAAGCCCAUAUGUAGGAGGUGUGAAGAAAUAGGCAAGUAUUGUAGAUUGAGGAGGAGGAAUAACAGCAGCAGCAGAAAACAUGAUGAAACUGAAUGUUCUCACAAUAAUAUUACGGAUACUCCUUCACUUGGCAAACAAGCUACAGGUGAAACAAAAAGCCCAAGCCCAGUUCUUAAAGGUGUGAUCCCUUCCGGCUUGUUUCUUCUUCUUGUAGUCAUGGUAACAGUAUAUCUUGUCCACAGAUCAAAUAAAUCAAAGAAAGAGGAUCAAAUGAAAAUUGAAAGAUUUUUGGAGGAUUACAGAGCUCUCAAGCCUACAAGAUACACUUAUGCAGAGAUUAAGAAAAUUACUGAUAAUUUUAAGGAAAAACUAGGCCAAGGAGGUUAUGGAACAGUGUACAAGGGAAAGUUUUCCAAUGACGUUCACAUUGCAGCCAAGAUCCUCAACGAUGUCAAGGGGAAUGGGGACGACUUCAUCAACGAAGUUGGAACAAUAGGCAGAAUUCACCACAUCAACGUGGUUCGCUUGGUCGGAUACUGUGCUGAUGGAUUUAAAAGAGCUCUCGUUUACGAGUACUUGCCAAAUGAUUCGCUAGAGAAGUUUAUAUCAUCCAAUCAGGAAAAAUGUUCACUUGGUUGGGAGAGGCUGCAAGGUAUUGCUCUUGGGAUAGCCAAAGGUAUUGAAUAUCUUCAUCAAGGGUGUGAUCAACGAAUCCUUCAUUUCGAUAUUAAACCUCAUAACAUCUUGUUGGACCACAACUUCAAUCCUAAGAUUUCUGAUUUUGGUCUAGCCAAGUUGUGUUCGAAAGAACAAAGUGCUGUUUCCAUGACUGCUGCUAGGGGCACCGUAGGCUAUAUUGCACCUGAAGUGUUCUCAAGGAACUUCGGGAACGUAUCAUACAAAUCAGAUGUCUACAGUUUUGGAAUGUUGUUGCUUGAAAUGGUUGGAGGGAGGAAGAAUACCUAUGUUACAACACAGAAUACCAGCGAAGUUUACUUCCCUGAAUGGAUCUAUGACCGUUUAAAUCAUGAACAGGGGAUUGUGGUUGAGGAAGAUGGAGAUGCUAAGAUUGUGAAGAAAAUAACAAUUGUGGGACUUUGGUGCAUUCAGUGGUACCCAGGAGACCGGCCUUCGAUGACAGUUGUGGUUCAAAUGCUAGAAGGAGAUGAAGACACUCUGGUCAUGCCCCCCAAUCCAUUUACCACCACAAAUCCCAGAACUGCUGCAGGUGAAAAGUCUUUUGACAGCAAGUUAGAAGUCAUUUCUGAAUCUGAGUGAGAUAAUCAAAUUAGUAUUGCUCGUGUUAGAAUUUUUUUAAUCAGUUUUGUAUUUAUAGUAAAAAUCUUGUUUCAGUUAAUCAGAAUAGGAACGAUUGUGUGAUCAUCUAUCUACUCUUACAGCUUAUCAAAUAAUACAUCUGGUGUACCAGCUCUCAAAUA